CACGAUUCCACCUGUGUCCUGUAGAAUAGAAGGAUGGGAAGCAGCGCCUCUACCCAACACCAUUUUGCUUUUCAGAAUGCAGAGAAAGGGCUGUGGGGAUUUAAAACACAAAACGUUGCCAACAACAAGAAACUUUUAGUCAACAAGAGACCAGACACUAACAGACGUGUGGCAUGGCAUAAUGGUGCCUGGCCUGAUCCGGUGGGCGGGGAGAGGGUCGCAGAAUCGAGUUGGCUUGAAAUCCGACUUGGGGACUUCCUGAACCGCAUGUUCACAGAGGAGAGAGUCCUCCAGGACUCAGAGAUGGACAAAUGCUGUGACUACAAGGCCAUAGAAGUGCCAGACAAUUACGCAGGACCGCACCUCUCCUUCCCACUCCUUCCGGACCAUGCAACUGCACUGGUGGAAGCAUUCAGGCUGAAGCGACAGCUCCACGCUCGCUAUGUGUUGAAUCUUUUGUAUGAGGCCAGGAAACACCUGGCACAGCUGCCUAACAUCAACCGGGUCUCCACCUGCUUCAGUGAGGAGAUCACAGUGUGUGUGGCUAUGAUGACAAGUAUGAGCUAUCAUUACUGGCUUCUUACGCUUUCCCUGACAUCCAACAUCCACACAGACCAGAGUCAAGUCAAGCCUUCAUCUGAAUCCUCAGGACAAUGUACCACAGCCAUAUCCCAGAUUGUUUCUACCAUGAGAUACAAAAUGAGAAAGGAAAAUGAGAAAAAGGCAGAGAAGAGAAAAAGCAACCCGUCAAGCUAUGCACAGAAACCCACCCCGUGGUUUCUUCCACAAAGCCGUUCGCUCCCCUCCUCGCCCUUUCACCUUGGCUCCAACAAGACCCACAAGGCCAGCCGGUCCUGCAGCGUCCCCUGCACCGCUCCCCUUGACUGCACCCAGCAGGUGCAGGUGCGGCCCUCUGCGGCCCUGGAGCUGGAGCAGUGCCACCAGCAAGCUGGCUUCCCAGGCAUCAGAGAGAAGGAGGAGUCUUUGCCCUUGGCCCCAGAAGUGGACAGAGAUGCUGGAGAGCAUCCAGAGCCCACAUACGAAGAGUGGAAGCAGGUGGUAGACAUUCUAUGGAGUGACCCCAUGGCUCAGGAGGGCUGCAAGGCCAACACUAUUCGAGGAGGAGGCUGUUACUUUGGGCCGGAUGUGACAGAACAGUUGCUGCAGAAAUACAAGCUGCGAUUCUUGAUCCGUUCACAUGAAUGCAAGCCUGAAGGCUAUGAAUUCUGCCACAACCGCAAGGUACUGACCAUCUUUUCUGCCUCCAACUACUAUGAAGUUGGCAGUAACAGAGGGGCCUACGUGAAACUGGGGACAUCGCUGACUCCACAUAUCGUGCAGUAUCAAGCGAACAAGGCAACCCACAAGUUAACCAUGCGGCAAAGGAUUAGCAGGGUGGAGGUGUCAGCUCUCCGAGCUCUGCGGGAAAAGUUAUUUGCUCACUCCUCAGACCUCCUUGGCGAAUUCAAGAAGCAUGAUGCAGAAGAAACUGGCUUCAUCACCCUGAGUGACUGGGCAGCAGCGGUGGAGUCGGUGCUGCGCCUGGGCCUGCCCUGGAGGAUGCUGAGACCACAACUGGUGAGCAGCUCAACAGAUAACGCACUGGAGUACAAGACCUGGCUGGAGGACUUGGCCAAAGAGCAACUGAGCCGAGAGAACAUACAGUCCAGUUUGCUGGAAAUACUAUAUCGAAACCGAUCAAAUCUGGAGACGAUUUUUAGGAUAAUAGACAGCGAUCAUUCAGUUAUGUGA